AUGGUGCUUAAAUUGUAUUCCGUUUCUGAUGGACCACCUUCAUUGGCUGUGAGAAUGGCAUUAAAAUAUUUAGGUAAAGAAUACGAAUUGAUAAACGUUGAUUUUUUAUCUGGUUUUCAUACGACGGAAAAUUAUGCCAACAUGAAUCCGCAAAAAGAAAUUCCAGUUUUGGAUGACGAUGAAUAUGGUAUGCAUUCUUUCACACCUUUCAUUUGUUUUUCCAGCAAUGCCAUACUCCAGUAUUUGGCAGAUCGUUAUCCAAAAGAUGAUACACUAUAUCCUCAAGACCCGAAAAAACGUGCCUUGGUCAAUCAUAGGCUGGCAUUUAAUUUAUCUACGUACUACAGUAAUAUAGGUCAGCAUGUGAUGUUGCCAAUAUUUUACAAAUAUAAAAGAACUCCAUUAACGUUAAAAAAAGUUAACAUGGCUCUUGAUGUUUUUAACACUUAUCUGAAGAAACUGAACAAAAAAUAUUCUGCCGAUGCCAUCAAUUUUGAUUUUUCUCCAUAUACCAAGGUAUAUAACCCACGUGAUCAAAUGUUAAUAAACGUUUGGGUCGUCGAAUGGUAUUCCAGAUUUAAAAAAGAAUAUCCAGAACUUUGGGAAAUUGCAGAAAAAGGAAUGAAAGAAAUUGAAAAUUUCAAUAAAAAUCCUCCCGAUUUGUCUCAUUUAAAUCAUCCAAUUCAUCAUUUUCAAAAUUCGUAA